AUGAUUUCUGCAUUUUUUCACACAAAGUUUGCUACUUUAGUGGGCGUUUUCGAUGGGCAUGGCCCCUACGGCCAUCACUUAGCGAACUACGUCCAAGAGAUUCUUCCCCGAGAAUUUCUUCAAUCUCAGCACUUCAAGCAAAAUGACGUGGAAAAGGCACUCAAGGACGCCUUUGCCGCAACGCAGAAAAGAUGCAGCUUGUUUUGCAGGCUUAUUGCAGACAGGACAAUGCAAAUGCUGCAAGAUGCUGCAAGCAUGUUCCCACUGGCUCGAACUGCGAAGGCUGUGGCUGGAAAGGUUUUUACUUGGGAGCAGCUUACACGUGUUCAUCGGCUCUCUGAUGAUGAAGAGAAGUGGGGAGACCCAGAUGCAAAACUGGCACCGCCCGAUUUGCGCCUAUAG